GUAACUCUCGCAACAGCUUCACAAAACAACUUGUGUGAGGGUGGCAAUGGACGUACUUUCCGUGUUCUAUCAUGGAACAUGUAAGGACUAAAUAAACAAGAUAACCCGAAUUCUAAGAAUGGCUGCUUCAGCAACAAAGACGGUCUGCUGGACAUAUGGGAUGAGGCACAUUACCGGGAGUGGGAGGAGCGCAUGGGCAAGCCUCUCAACGCCCUGCUCAGAUACAGAAUACGACAAAGAUUUCUGCCCCCUGAACAUAUCUGCCCAAACGGGACACGCCCCACGACCCGACUCCCAGGCCAAGCUCUGCAGAUCCUGAGGGCGUGGCUCCUGGAUCACCGGACGGAUCCUUACCCUUCCAAGCUUGACAAGGACCUGCUUACGAAGAACUCAGGCUUGUCACCAAGUCAAGUGAAGACAUGGUUUGCCAAUGCCAGACGUCGCCUUAGGCUGAAGAAAGAAAGUAACGCUCACAAAAGUAAAGGUGGCCAUCCAUCAUCUUGCAGUGAAAUUGAGGCUGACCUGAGCUGCUCGGAUGGGUUGUCCGACUCCCCCGAGGAUCUUCUGUCUGGAGAGGACUCGACUCACAAGGAGGAGGGUGGGGAGAGUCGCUACGGAGGAGGAGAUUUCCAGCAGGUUGAUGGCUUGCCCAUGGAGUUAAAGCAAAUUGAUAAAACCCCCACGGGGGACUUCUUCAUCCCAUAUGCCGGGAAGAACCAGUUCUACAACAGUGUUGUCCAUCAGCCAUACCAGCCUCCAAGCUUCACCUAUGACACCAUCAGCGGACAGAAGGUGGAGAAACAUGAGGUUGCUCGAGCUAUCCGGUCUGUGGCAGCGGCAAGUGAAAAGCUGAUCUCAACCCAGAAGGUGUCCACGUCAUACCGACCCCAGUACCAGCACUCCACCCAGACCUCGGAGUACCUGAAGGCAAUGGCGGGCAUGUGUGAAGAGAUCUCCCCUUCCACGUACCAGCUCGGCAUGCCAAGAAUCCCUGCACCCAAACACUCCAUCUGUCAGUCAGUUCCUGACUACCAUCCUCAGCAGCAACCUCGACAGACCUUCUACCAAGUCCUACAAGACGAGACCGUCAGGUACCUCUCCUACCAACAGGGUCCUGUCACGGAGCAGCCUCCUGCCUACCCAACGUUCCGCCCAGCCCCUUGUCAUGACGACGCCUUUCCUCAGAAGCAGAAGAAGUGGUAUCAGGGUCAUGAAAUCGGCCGGGACCAGACGGUGACCCGACCAUAUUCCAUGUCAGCACCACCGUCUCUGGGGGUACUGACCAACCUGGACACCCGUCACACCUACCACCAAAGUAGCUCAGUAGUCCCCCCAGUCCACCAAGGGCACCCUCAGGAACCCCCCUGGCCUACAUACCAGCAGUCCUACACCAGCAACUGCUUCCUGGGUUGUAACACUGUGGGCUCUUGCACGGCUUGCAAGCCGGCGACUUCUCGACUGACAAAUGAUGCUUCCACAGUUCCUCUCCCGCCGUUUGGUCUGGCAAUGAUGGGAACCACCGUUGCUACCCCCGCCAUCCACAGCGAGCCACACCAGGCCCCUCUCCGCCGCACCCCCUCCCACCCCAGUCUGUCCAACCAGCCGGUACUACAGUGGACCCCCAUGAGUAACUCCCCAGCCAUGAAGUACAGAGCAACGACUCUUCCAGCGUUUGCUGCAUCUUUCACAGUCCCAGCAUCCUCUGUCCCUCUUCCCUCACUCUCCUUGAACUUCAUCCAGCAACAACAGCAAGGUCAAGGUCAAAAGUCGACUUCACCCUCCGCAAGGGAACAACAAAGACCACACGCACCCAAGAGAUCAAUUGAACCGUCAACAACAUCGGCCUCCGUCCACCCGAAGAAACGUCAGCGACAUCAAAGUCAGCCUGUUCGACCAGGAGACCGUCAGUUCGAACCCAACUUUCGUCUGACGGACGACACUCUGCCUCGACCGACAGCCCCUCGGCAGGUGUUGAUGGCCACAGAACAGCAGCCUCCGUGUAAGGCGAAGCUCAAGCGAUCGUGUAGCACAACAGAGGAAGAACUGAAGAACGUGAAGGACACCAAUCCUCCACUCAUGUCAGACUGGUCCAAGAUGUUCUCCAGACCUACCAGCCAAGACGGCAUCGUUAACGGACAACCUGCGCAUGUCAAGACGACAAUAGCUGCAGCCAAUCAGAUGAUGCCGCCCAACGCCCACACACACUUGAAACGUCAGGAGAACUGCAGUGUGGACGCCAAAGAGGCCCUUGAUUCUCCCUCUCUCGCUCCCAGUCUGUCUACUCCUACACCAGCUAACUCCACCGAGUCUCAGGAAGGAAUGAAGGAGAUCGCCCAGGUACUUCUUGACCUCUCCACAAAGGGACCCCAAACGUCGUCUUCCGUUGCCAACAGCAGUCACAACAUCAACAGAUAGUCUCAACUUUAGAGCAAGGGGGAAUAAUCAUGAUUUAACCAAUUCAUAAUGAAGUCUAAUGAUGGAUGCCAUUUGUCCUAUUUUAGAACACAACAGAGGCAUGUAUACCAAGACUGUGUGCGAAGAUAAUAUUUAACCCACUAUGAAGCUCUAAGAGCUCUUUAAAUCACAAGUGCUUUUUUAUGGGUUGUAUGCGCAUGAUGACGUAAACCCUGUGAUGAAGUGUUUUACAUUGUAUAUGUAAAUCAUUUGAGAAUGUAUUAUUUAUUUAUUGAUAAAAAAUGUCAUCAAUUCAGUGGUGUGAUAUGCUGAACAAAAACAGUUAGGGAUCAUGAAUAUUUUUUUAUUUUUUUAUUUUUUUUAUUUUAUUUUUUUAAAUUUGAAGAUUGAGCACACAAUUUCAUAAAAAUAUCCAAAAAUAUAUUCGUGAUCCCCAACUAUUUUUGUUCAGUAUAAUUCGCGAUGAGGCCGUGCAUUUAGUUCAUGAGUUUUACACCUGUGUGUUGGGGAGGAAACAGCCACAGGUGAGAUUGUUUAGAUGCAGAAUGAAUGCAUUUAUAUAUUUAUUGAUAAUUUUACAAGAAAUAUGUAAUUUAUUUUGUUUGUUCAUGUCGGCUUCAAUUGCAAGGUAAAUAUGAACAUGUGGUAAUUUGUCAAAAUUAUUUAUCAUUUACAAUUUAUAAUGUUAACGACUAGUAUUCCAAUGUGAAUAGGUAUAUUCGUUAUCAUGGGCUAAUUAUUGAUAUGUAUGAUAUUCAGAAAGCUGUUGAGUUCAUAUCUAUCAAAUGUUAUUGUUUUCUUAUAUGAAUAUGUGUGUAGUCUAACCAUUACUAGCAAAGACCAACCCUGAGCUGUGACAGAUUGUGUCAUUGUACCUGGUCCAGGCUCGAUACCUUACAGAAUGAUGUGGUGUUCAUCACUGUUGCUGUUACUUGUUAACUGGUCAUUUACUUGUUUCCUGGGGGUAGAAAAGGUCUUAAGCAACCCCGGGGCAUGGGUGGCCCAGUCGUCUAAGGCGCCACCAUUCGCUGUGCAGAGUAGCGUCCCUUGGGCAUGCCAGAAACCUAUGAUUGUGGGUUCAA